ACCAGAUCCUAUAUUGAACCGACGGUCUCAACAUACAUUGAGCAUAGAUCAUGGAAGAGCAAACAUGCAUAUGAUUGAUUUUUGAGUUGGCCAACCGAAACCUAAAAACAGUAAGAAUGGUCAACGGUUGCCGGGAGGAGUACAGGAGGUGGCCAUUAUCCAUGGAGUAUCAUAUGCCUAAAUUAAGGCUACCGGCGAGACGUGUAAGUGAUCGCACCGACUAACAAGAAAAUGUCAUAUGGCUAAGAUAAGGACCGUCGCGUAGACUAUAGCCCCUCCAUCGCAUACCUGUCAAAUAAAAUAAAAAUCAUGGCGUACACUCUAGCCCUUCUUCUCCGUGGAAGCAAGAGAAGACUACUAUACUAACUGUACUAACAAGAAAAAAAGAACUGCUUGGAAGUACUCUAGUACACAUACCAGCGAAGCAUUGGGUAUGAGGUCGAUCGUAGGGAAGAUAUGACUCGCAGGGAAGGACGAAGUGAUGAGAGCACGUUCUUUACUUUUCGUUUCUGAAGAAACUUUCGAUCUAUUCACUAUCUAUUACGGCAGUAUAGAGAAUAUUAAAAAUAACAAAAAAAAUACAAUCAGCUUUAUGAACCACCUAAUGACAAAUACAAUCACUAGAAUGAGCCGAAAGUGUGCCCCUAUAAUCGGCCCUCCCUCACCGGAACCCGGCAAACCUCGUUGGAUCACAUUCUAUGAUUGUUCAUUCAUGGUGUCGCAUCACGAAGAGGAGUCGACCGGAUUAGAACAGAAAUGGUUAGUUUAGUUAACACUAAAAGGUAGCAGCUUGCAGAAAAGCGAGAGGGAAUAUAUUCGAUUGAAAGCACGUCUUCUUUUUUAUAGAGAAUGGAUAAUAGGCUUUUGAAUUAUGAGCCCUGCUUUCUUAUCCUACAGUAUAUGAUCCAGCCCAAUAGACUGAAUAAUAAUACUCUGUGUCGGCUUUAAUUCCUUGUGGUCGCGACUCGCGAAGCAACCAUCUGCAGCUACGAAUUGCAGCCGAUGACCUCUCCACAUUUCAACCGUCGCAUCAUCUUCUUCUCCACCCAACUGCCGGCGAGACCGCCAUGGACGGCGAGAGCGACCACGAGUCCACGACGACAUGGACAUGCGGAAGCCGCUGCUGGCGAACACGGGGACGGCGAGCUGGUGGUACGCCACACGCAGGUCACACGUCUCCGCAUUCCCUGCACGCUCGUCGUCGCGCUCGGCCCCGUCCAGCUCGGCUUCACUGGUGGCUUCUCGUCGCCCACACAGGACGCCAUGACCGGCGACCUCAACUUCUCCAUCUCCGAGUUCUCCGCGUUCGGCUCGCUCUCCAACAUCGGCGCCAUGGUCGGGGCUUUGGCCUAUUCUUUCCUUUCUACAUGGUAUCAGCCUAAUUGAUCCUAAACCUUAGCCGCCGCCGCUUUCGCAGCCACGCGUCGCUUUCGGGGCGGUUGGCCUCCAUGACCGCGCCGGAGGCUGCGCCACCCGUAUCUAGGAUUGUCCGCCGAUCGUGUUGAUCGGCUGCCCUAGAGAGUCUUUUCCUGAUUGUUGAUCAGUGUUUUCUCUCUCACGCCGGUCGUCUUGAUCGCUGCUUCUUUUUGGUUCUUCGAUCUAUGAGAUAAUUACACGAUAGUACCACAUUUGGGACGGUGGUGGCGAAUUGGUACCACUUUUGAAAAAUUUUACGUGUCAGUACCAUGUUUGGGUCGAACCGUUGCAAAUCGGGCUAAUCUUCGUAUUUCUACGUAUUGACGCUGGAACUGACCGCCCGGGCCCGCGCGUCAGCUGCCACGCUGGCGAAUCGGCACCCGCCCGCUCGCUCGCUACGUGCAGUCCGGCUCGAACCGGACCGGCCCGUGCUCUGUCUCUCCCUCCUCGCUCGUGCCUUCCUCCUCGCUCCUCUCUCGCCGCCCUCGUCGCCGCCCGCAACGUUGCCGGACCGGACCGCCGCCGCCCGCCAUGGUUUUCGAAGACGAAAGCAGUGAGGAGACGUCCAGCCUGCCGUACAUGCACUCGACCUCAUCCACGGGCGGGCUUAACCAGGUGAUUUCCCUUGAGCUAGGUUUAGGGUUAGGGUUUCAGAUUUGGGGCUUUUUGAUUUGGUUGAUUUUGCUGGGUUUUGAUUUGGGCAUUUUGUUUGUAUGAGGUUCGGCAGGUCCCUUUCAGCGUUGAAGAUCCAGAUUACCAGGGGCUUGAGCUGGAAACGA